AUGGCGAAGCGUGCCUGCAACCUACUUUCCGUCCUCCUCGUGGCCGCGGCCGUGUACUCCUUGCUUCCGGUGCAGGAGAGCUUCAUGGCUCCGCAGGCCUUGCGCGGCGCGACCCUCAACGAGAACCCAUCCAUGCUGGCCCAGGGCAAUCUCCCUCAGGAAGCCCGCAGCAUCCAGGUGAGCAUGGCCGCAACUGGCGGUGAGCCCACGCGCUUCCCGCUGGUGUUCCUUGGACUCCUUGCCGGGACUGCCGCAGUGGGCUUGCUGGCCGUCUUCUUCUAUGGCUCCUACUCCGGCGCCGGCAGCGGCCUCUGA